CCCUUUUCAUAUAUUUAUAUAUAUAUUCAUCGUUUUCUUCCUUUAGAGGUUAGAGCAAGAAAUGGGAGGGAACUCCCCCUGUGCCUCGUGCAAAUUGUUACGACGUCGUUGCGCUAAGGACUGCAUCUUUGCCCCUUACUUCCCUCCCGAUGACCCCCACAAAUUCGCCAUUGUUCAUAAGAUCUUCGGCGCCAGCAACGUUAGCAAGAUGUUGCAGGAAGUUCCGGUGAAGCAAAGAGGCGACGCGGUGAGCAGUCUGGUGUACGAGGCUGACGCGCGUGUGAGAGAUCCGGUGUACGGAUGCGUGGGCGCCAUCUCGUAUUUGCAGAACCAGGUCUCCCAGCUGCAAAUGCAGCUCGCCGUCGCACAAGCCGAGAUACUCUGCAUCCAGAUGAACCACCAAGACCCUGCGCCGCCAACUUUCCCCCUCGACCACCAGAAAUCGCUUCUUUUCUCGCCGGAAACCACCGCCGCCACCGCUAACUUCGGUACUAACCUUCAGCAGUAUCUCAACUUCGCCCCCUCUAGCACCGCAGUUAUGCAAGACCCUCUCAAGAGAGAGUCCCUCUGGACAUGA